AUGUCUGCUCCCUACCCCGGUCGCCAAUCCCCACCUCCGGAGCGCCAAUCUGGUGCUCAGGGCAACGACCCUCCCGCCAGCGGCAAGAUCGGAAACUCAUCUGUUCGCCCCGGCCCAGAAUUCGGUCAGCAAGAGUCGGACAAGUCUAAGGCACAUGGUCUUGAGAGCAACCCCACACAUCCGCUGGAGAAGUUGGAAGAAGCCAAGUACCAUAAGGGAACUGGGAAUUAA